UGAUCUUAAAAUAUAUACAUAUAAAUGGUGUAUGCAUACAUAUUCCAUAUAUUAUUAUCGAUGUAAAAUAUAGCACCAUAAAGCACGCUUGUUUUUUCUUGGAAAAAAAAUACAGCGGCGCAUAAAGAGUUAACAUGCAUAUGCAUACAUAAUAUCAGUGAUGUCGGACUGGAAAUCUGAAAAUGGACAUCGUGCGACUGUAUGCGAGUCACAGAGAAGCCUCCUGACCCAAAUUGAUCGAGAUAUAAUGGACAGCGUGAGAGGGACGACGACAGAUCUCGCCGUUAUCGUUAUUAAUGGCAGUCGCGUUAAAAUCGAGGAUACACGAACGAUGUUUUAUGCUAAGUACUUGAUCGUCAACCAAAUCACGAAAUGCGGUACCUAUUAAAAUCGCGCGGUGGUCGGUGUUCACCGAUGUUUGUCCGCCGGGCGGAACAAUGACUACCCAGGAUCCGGUUUCGUGAAGGCGUGCGUUUUAAAAGCGCUUUAAAAGCCCACCCGCGACUUCGCCGAUUGUCAGUCACACCUCCGCUACUCAAUAUGUCUCAACCGUGUUAUGAUCCGCAAUACAAAAUGUGGUCGACCCACGUAACGAUCUCGAAAAUUUACGCUUAAUUCAAACGUUACGUUAAAUAAUUUAUUUAACUAAUUGGCGAUCAUUUUUGCAGAUAUAUCGGUGGCUGCUCCUCGUCGGCGCGAUAUCCUCGGGAAACCUCGCGGGCGGAUUCGAGCCUCAGGAUGAGGCGGUCUUCGUGAAUUUCCAUCGCCGAUACAACGUCUCGAGGGUGGCGAUACUCCACGACAACGGUUAUUUACCACCAGCUUCGAUUCCGGAUUUCUCCCUGCCGGAAGUGAUCGAUAACAGAGCGCGGAACGUGCCGGUUGCGGUGACGGAUGAGACCAGAAACUAUCCGAACGCGCUGUAUCAUCUGCCCGGACGGGAUGCCUUGCGAGUCCUCACGCGCAAGGGCCCGCACGACAGGUAUCCGGGGAGCGACGGGUCGCAAAUACCUCAGCAUCAUCGUCGACCCACUUUCCCGCAAGGCAAACACCCUCAACAGACUACAACGCAGCCUCCUCCUUCUCCUCCUCCUUUCAGUGAAACACCACCAUUGUCCUUAGCGAACAGCGUCAGUAUUGAGGAGAUGUCCUGUCAGAACACGGGAGACGAAUUGUUCUUCAGAGCAUCCAUCAAAGCGCCGAGAAACUCAGCCCCACCGGUGAUAGACAACGCGACGGGCGAUGUUUGUCGAGCGAUAGCGGUCAGGGACUCUUAUCGCAUUAAUUUUGAAAGGGACCAGGUCUGGGAUUGCGGGGUCGUCGAUUGUUCCGCGGACGGCAACCAAUCGUACUGCCUCGACCUGAGAUUCCCCGUGAUCCCCGGUCUACGAGUGAGGGAGGACCACAGGGUGACGUUGCGGUGUAAGACCCAGCAGAGGAUCGCGUAUCACACGAGGCAGAUCAGCGUGAAAACUUUGGAAGCGAAAGCGAGGAACGUACCGGGCGUGCUGAACGGCGGCGCCGAGAAUGCCCUGAAUGUGGACGUGGGGCUCUUCAGGAAGACUUACGGCUCGAGAAACAUUUUCGACGCGAGGAUAAAAUCCGGCGGCACGGUCGUUCUCGGCGAGGAGAUUCUGCUGCGCGUGUUAGUCAACGGCGACGACAGCUGGCGACACUCGAAGAUCGGCCAAGUGACGGUGCACUACGUGGAGGAGCGACAGCGGCAGAAAAUCGUUAACAGUCUGUGGAUCCUCGACACAGACGGCUGCUUGAAUCCGGACGUGCACGAGAUUUGUCCUCGGGAGCAAUACGCUUUGUCACCGUUGGAGAAUUACCUGAUUUUCCAGGCGUUCAUGUUCGAAGGCAUGAAAGAGACCGACGAGAUUUUCCUCACCGUGAAGACUACGGCAUGUCUGGAAUCUGUGGAUUGUGUUCUGGAUUGUCCCGGCAGUCAUGUCAGACGUGCCAGAAGUGUUUCAGAUCGAAACAAUACCGUCGAGUGGCAGGAUGACAUAGUCCUUCGAGUGAUUCUUCCAAAAUACGAGUCACGCGCCUCGCAGAAUUAUUAUUUAGCGAUUAUGAUACCGGCGAUCGCGUUACUCGCGCUAAUCGCGUCGCUGUGGAUCGUCAGAACCUCGCUUCGCCAGAGGCUAGCGAAAUCCCGAAUAAUCUUAAACGCUUAAUUUAUUUAUGCCCCUAUGAUUGUAUA